AUGUGCUCGCCAGAGUGGAAGUCGAUCGCGGCAGCACGACGGUGCCUUCUCCCUACUGCAACUACCGCAUGGCGACGUUCGUCAUAUUCGACGGCGCCCCCUUCGUCAUCAUCGGUGAUCUUCCCACGAACUCGGAGCGAGCUGGUGGGAUCUUUGCCCCCGGUGUACCCGUCGGAUCUUGCCGAAGCCAUCCGAAAAGACGUGGCCGCUGUUGGCCGAAUGCUCGUGGUGCUUGACGACGACCCUACCGGCACGCAAAGUGUCCACAGCGUGCCCGUCCUGGCGGAGUGGUCCGUCGAUAUUCUCGUCAAAGAGCUGAGAUCUCCUGGACAAUAUCGCGUCAUGUACCUCAACACGAACGCGAGGGCCUUGCCGCCUACCGAGGCCUCCGAGCUGUUCGAGGAAAUCGCAAAAAAUCUCCGAGAGGCAUCUCGAAUCACGGGUGUCGAGGUGUCGAUGGUAUCGCGAGGAGACUCUACUUUGAGGGGGCAUUUCCCCAGCGAUUUGGUCUCGCUCGAAACAGGAAUGAGGGUCCAGCACGACGCUUGGAUAGUGGUCCCCUUCUUCAAGGCCGGUGGUAGGAUCACAGCUGGAGACGUGCACUUCGUCGAGCAGCAAGGAACAACGGCAGCAACACCGCCAGGAUUGGGCACCGACAGCACCGACGACGCCGUCGCCCUAGUCCCCGCGGGCGAAACGGAGUUCGCCCGUGAUAAGGCGUUCGGGUAUCGCUCGUCGAACCUCAUCGACUGGAUCCGCGAGAAGGCUUCGGUGGCGGAAGCAGAUGAGGGGCGAUGGCGGCAGCCCCCCGCCGCGACCGAGCGUGUGGUGUCGGUGUCGCUGCGGGAUCUGAGGGAAGGGGGCCCGGAGGUGGUGAGGGAGCGGCUGGGGGAAGCGAAGGGAGGCUGCGUGGUCGUGAAUGCCGUCGAGAAACGAGACUUGCAGGUUUUCGUGAAGGGGAUGCUGGAAGAAGAGCUGGAAGGGAAAAGGUUUCUGUUUCGGAGCGCCGCGGACCUGGUUGCCGUGAGAGGUGCGGUCGACCGGCGGCCUCUUCUCGCUGCGGAUGACUUCGACGCCUUAAGGGUUAAGGCAGGGGAGGCCGGGAGCGAAGGCGGUCUGACGGUUGUCGGGUCUUACGUCGCCAAGACAACGGAGCAGCUGCAACACUCCUUGGAGGCCAUGGAUGCCGAGGGGGUGGAGCUCCGCGCAGCGGAGGUCGUCGGGGGGGGUCAAGAGGGGAUAGCGGCGUCUCGGCAGGAAGUGGAGAGAGUGCGCGCGGAGGUGAGCCUCCUACUCUCCCGAGGCACCAACGUGAUCCUGUACACCAGCCGGGGCGUGCCCCUUCAGGGAGACGGGGCUGGAGGGCUUGUCUUCGGCGAACGUGUCGGGGCCGCUUUGGUGGCGUGCGUGUCGGGACUAACGGAAAGGCCAAGGUUCCUUUUGUCCAAGGGAGGCAUCACGUCAAGCGAUGUGGCCACGCAAGCACUUGCGAUGAAGAGGGCGGAGGUUAUGGGGCAAAUUCUACCGGGCGUACCCGUGUGGUCCAUGGCCGACGACAGCAGAUGGCCUGGUUUGCCGUUGGUGGUGUUCCCAGGCAAUGUCGGAGGAAGGGAGGCGUUAGCCGAGGCGAUGAUUAAGCUCGGAGCGCGGCCUAAGUCCGAUCGGUCUGCGGGCGGACACCAUACCACAGCCCCAGUCCAACACAAACAAGAGGUGUUGUACCCCUACGCGGGAGGAUCAGGUCAAUGCAACCGCACGCUGGAUGUCUUAGCAGAGGCAAGGGGUCGGGGCGCGGCGGUAGGAGCGUUCACCGUGUACAACUUGGAAGGAAUUCAUGCUGUGAUACGGGCAGCGGAGGCUACCGGGCGUUCCGCAAUCCUUCAGGCGCACCCGGCCGCCUUGGGGUUCCAGAGAGGGGUUCCUCUGCUCUCAGCUGCAGUACUGGCGGCCCGUAUUUGCUGCAAGAAUGGUGGCCCGUUGUUGGCCGUGCAGUUGGACCAUGGCACAGAUGAGGAUCACGUUGCGGCUGCUCUCGAAGCGGGCGUCGACAGCGUCAUGAUCGACGGCAGCGCCAUGGAGUACGAAGAUAACGUAGAAUGGACGGCACGCAUGGCUGAAUUGGCACACGGUGCUGGGGCGGCAGUAGAAGCUGAGCUGGGUAAGCUGGCCGGAGAAGAAGACGGACUGAGUGUGCCUGAGGUCGAGGCCAAGAUGACCGAUCCGAAGCAGGUGCCAGACUUUCUUGCGAGAACGAGAGCUGAUAUCCUCGCUGUUACGGUGGGAAACGUUCACGGCCGCUACGCCAGCCCCAACCCACGCCUGGAUCUCGCACGACUCGGUCUCGUCAAGGCCGCCGCCAUGGGAGCCUCGCCUUCGAUGUUGUUGAGCUCUGUCCAGUCUGCCCCGCAAGCUGCAGGCAGAUCUUCGAGCGCCGCGACUUUUCUUGCCAUUCACGGCGCGUCCGGCUUGCCAGGCUCGCAAGUGAAGGUCUCGACUUCCUUAGGGGUGUGCAAAUACAACGUCAAUACCGAGGUCAGGACGGCCGCCAUCGAGGGCUUGCGGGCGGUGGCAGGAGAGGCUAGUGGCGCCAAGGCAGACUAUUUGGCGGUGUUGGACGCAAGCGUGGGGAACAUGACGGCUGUGAUCGCACAAAAAAUGCUCGGCUUUGAUGAUCCCCAGUAAGUGUAUUUUGGAGGGCUUGCGAUAGGGUGCCGAACUUUCGGACUCGAGGGGUCCUUAUGUGCAGGGUUCGCUGCCAUUGCACUGGGCGUGGACCAGCCUGUCAACCGCAGGUCGGGUCACAUUCUUGAUCGUGUCGGUUUUGUACAUCAAUG